AGUUAUCUGCUGCAAACAUGAGCAGAAGAAGAAGCGGUCAGAGCCAAUGGAGGGAACUUGUCUUUGUUCAACGGACAGACCAAUUAUUUUAAGACGAAGUGAAAGGAAAGCAAUGAGUGGAGAGGAAUCCAGGAGAGGAACAUGGAGGGGUGGGACCGGAGGAUGGAGAGGAGGAGGAGGAGGAGGAGGUGGUGGUGGUGGUGGGGGAGGAUGGAGAGGAGGAAGAGGUAGUGGAGGAUGGAGAGGUGGUGGAGGAUGGAGGAGUAGACCUUGGAGAGGAGGAUCAGGAGGUGGAAGAGGUUCCGGAGAAGGAGGAGGAGGAGGGGGGAGAGGUGGAGGAUCAGGUAACCCUACCUUCAGCUCUCAGAGAGCUCUCUAUCAGACAACUCUAGAUGCAAUGUGUCCGUACAAAGGAUGGUUACUCUACUUCACAGAAGGCUUCAUCGAGAGCUCGCCUAGUGUGGAGAAGAUCAAGGUGUUUGAGAAAUACUUUGCCUCUAAGAUUCACCUGUAUGACAAGGAUGAGAUUGAGCGUCAGGGCAGUGUUCUGGUCGAUUAUGCCGACUUGAUGAGAGACCAGACUGUGUGUGAUGCGCUUCCUGACCUAACCACGGAGCUGAAGGAGCAGCCGGAGAUAAUGCUCAACUGUUUGGGAGUGGCCAUUCACCAGGUGUUGACUGUAGAUCUGGAGAAACAGGCUGCUGAGUUGAAAGGGGAAGAGCUUUCUGUUGCUACACCAGUCACCAACAUCCCUCACAUUAGUGCAAGGCUGUACAACUAUGAACCGCUGACUCCGUUGCGGACGUUGCGCGCCAGCGUGUUCGGACGGCUGGUGUGUGUGAGGGGAACUGUGGUCAGAGUGGGCAACAUCAGACCCAUCUGCACCAGGAUGGCGUUCAGAUGCCAGGGGUGCUCGCAUACGCUGUCUCUGCCUCUGCAGCACGGCAAAUACUCCACACCUACCAAGUGUAUCCAGCCUGACUGUCGCAGUCGUUCCUUCCUUCCCAGCCGCAGUUCUCCUCUUACACACACUGUAGACUGGCAGAUCAUCAAGGUGCAGGAGCUGAUGGGCGGAGAGCAGAGGGAGACUGGAAGAAUCCCCCGGACCGUCGAGUGUCACCUGACCUCCGACCUCUGCGACAGCUGCGUCCCCGGAGACACGGUUACCGUGACGGGGAUAGUGAGAGUUACCAACGAUGGUAGUUCCCGGGUGAAUAAGGAUCAGUGCAUGUUCCUCCUCUACCUUGAUGCCACUUCAGUCAGUAAUACUAAAGGUCAUAAGUCCAAGUCGGGUCAGGGGUCACGAGGGUCGCUCGAGGAUCGUUCUGCGGGGGAGGAGUUCACGUUGAAGGAGCUAUAUGCCAUCCAGGAGAUCCAGUCACAGCCUGGCCUACUGAGACUCAUAGUACACUCUUUGUGUCCUGUCAUCUACGGCCAGCUACUGGUGAAAGCUGCUCUUGCCUUGACGUUGUUCGGAGGCAGACAGAAACACACGGACAAGAACAGUGUUCCGGUCAGAGGAGACCCACACAUCCUGAUGGUGGGAGACCCCGGACUGGGAAAGAGUCAGAUGUUACAGGCAGUGUGUAAUGUGGCUCCCAGAGGUAUUUACGUUUGUGGCAACAGCACGAGCACCACAGGACUAACGGUGAGUUUAUCCCGAGAUUCAGGAACAGGGGAUUUUGCUCUGGAGGCUGGAGCCCUGGUGCUGGCUGACCAGGGUCUGUGCUGCAUUGACGAGUUUGACAAGUUGGGCCACCAGCAGCAGGCUCUGUUGGAGGCCAUGGAGCAGCAGUCUGUGAGUCUGGCCAAAGCUGGAAUAGUGUCUUCCCUGCCUGCCAGAACCUCGGUCAUAGCUGCUGCGAACCCGAUUGGAGGACAUUACAACCGAGGCAAGACCGUCUCUGAAAAUCUGAAAAUGGGCUCAGCUCUCCUCUCUCGCUUUGACGUCGUCUUCCUCCUCCUGGAUAUCCCCGACGAGUCCCACGACCGCCGCCUGUCGGAGCACGUCAUGGCAAACAGGGCGGGAAGAGGCAGGACCAGCAGUGCCGUAGUCACUAGGGCCAAGUCGAGCGACCUGGACACCUCCAUCCUGCUCGAACACUCGGACAUACCCCUGUCUGAACGCUUGCAGAUCCCUGCAGGUGAGACUGUAGACACCAUUCCAGCCUGCUUGUUGAGGAAGUACAUCAGCUAUGCUCGUCAGUACGUCCACCCCUUGCUCUCUCCCGAGGCAGCGCAAAUAAUUCAGGAUUUCUACCUGUCACUAAGAUCUCAGGGGCACUCUGCUGACGCCACACCCAUCACCACACGACAACUGGAGUCUUUAAUUAGAUUAACUGAGGCAAGAGCCCGGUUGGACCUCAGAGAGACGGCUACCAAGAGUGAUGCUGAGGAUGUGGUGGAGAUCAUGAAACACAGUCUGGCUGAUACAUAUUCAGAUGGUCUGGGCAAUCUGGACUUUGAGCGAUCUCAGCUCGGGUCGGGCAUGAGUCAUCGCGGCGCCGGGAAGCGACUCAUCAACGCGCUGCACUCUCACGCGCAGAGGACCAGUCAGAAGCAGUUCGACUUACAGACGCUCCGAACUGUGGCCGACCGACUGAACAUCAAGGUGAUGGACUUCGAAGGUCUGGUGAGUUCCCUGAACGAACAGGGUUUCCUGCUGAAGAAAGGAGCCAAGCUGUACCAGUUGCAGACAGUCUGACCACUGACAGAUGUAACAGACUCACUAACCUCACUUCAAGGUCAGUGUCUGGGAUCAAUCUCUCUAUAGAUAAGGAGAAAUAAUGGGGCAUCCAUUUUCCAGACCACUUUCACCAACCAGCAGAGUACAGAGUAACCUUUUGAAGAGAAAGGUGAUCACACAUCCCUAGCAACCACAGUUUCCUGCAAGUUUCCGGCAUUGUCAACACGGGUGACUUUGUACUACACUUAAAACUGUACUAUUCCUUUUGCAUCACUAUUAUUUUUACAUACAUUAAAUGUUAUGUAUAUUUGUUCGUAAAUAUGUGUUGUUUAAGUAGCUUGCUGAGGAUCAAUUUAUUUGGCACAGCUGUUUGUCCUCGGUCUGUGGAGCAAUCUCUGUGCAGAACUAUUUAUUUUUUUAUAUGUUAUGAAAUAAAUAUCCAAAAUUGCAUCCACUUUAAAGACUUCAUCAGCAAAAGCUGAAAUGGGGAGAAGAUAUUAUUUUCCCUACUCAUAAUUCAGAUUUUUUUCUGAGGGGUGAAAAUAUAUUUAUAUAUAUAUAAAGAAUUCUCAGCUAUUGACUUUGCAAUUGGCCUCCAGAAUCCAGUGUUGGUGGAGUUAUAGUAUGGUCAUCUAAUUGUGUUUUCUGCUAUUUCUGUAUGUAUGCACUUUAUUAGUUCCCAUGAAACAUUCAGUUAAUAAAUAAUUAUAUUUUUCUGUAAAA